GGUAUAUAUCGAUACACAACAUCCAUCAUCUGCAUAUUCCAUUUCGAAGUUAUUUAUUUCAUUUUUGUGGCAGCUAUCUGAAUUAAAGUGCAUAGACAUGUUUCAACUAGGUGUGAGGCAUGGAUCCAUCUUUAUAUUGACACUGAUGGCGAUAUGCGCUGCCGCUACCGCUGCCGCAACCCCGCCCCCCGUUACGGACACCGUGUUUUUGGCGCCGGGAACAUCGAUCGAUAUCACGGCCAAUGGCUAUGGAUCAAAUACUCUGAGGACGUACUGCUAUCCUGGUAAGCCGCUCUCGCUGCUCAGCCUGUUCGAGACGGUUGAGUUCUUGCUGGGCAUCGGCAACGAUGACUAUUCGGAGUACGGCGGACGCACACCACAGGAGGUGCUGGAUCACUACAACGAGCAGCGCUCCCUCUUCAGCUUUACGCUCUUCUCGCAGAAGCGUCAACGGAUACAUCUUUCACCAUUUGAUCCUCAGUGCAUUGGUGUUGCCUCCAGGCAGCCCUACAACGUGAGACUCCAUCAUGCUCAGUUCGAUGUGUGGCGAUUUCUACAAUUUGGCCUGGGGGUUAUCGUCUUCUGGAGCAGCCGCAAUUUGGCCAAGAACAGUAUAUUCUAUUAUUUGGCUGGCAUUAUGCUGGGCAUUUGUGGCUCGCUGCUGCUCAUAAUUUCACUAACAUCUAAACUUUUUCCCAGACGUCCCAUGAUGUAUGGCGUCCUUAUUGGAGGCUGGACAAUUGGAUUGUAUAUACUCAAGCAGCUGGCCGACAACAUGCGCCUAAUUCUACUGACCUAUCGCGACUAUGUCGUCUGGUAUUUGAUAAUAACCGGCCUCAUCUCGUUCCUCAUCUGCUAUCGCAUUGGCCCACCGAAGAAUCCGCGCUCCCAGAACAUCAUCAUGUGGCUGCUCCAGGCGGUUGGUGGUGCCCUGGCCUACUUUAGCAGCUGGCACUCUAGUGGAGUGUUGUUUCUGAUGGUAUCCGUCUUUGCGGCAUACUACUUCCCACAAUCGCUCUUGGCCUAUGGCCAUUCGUUCUAUCGACGCCGCUUUCCGCCCAAGCGCCGACUGCUGACAAAUGACGAGUACUACAAGCAGACUGUUGAAGAGACGCAACGUUCACUGGCGGAGCUGCGCCGGUUCGUCAACAGUCCCGAUUGCAGGCAGUGGAACAUAAUGAGCAGCCUGCGCAAUCCUCUGCGCUUCGCCACCUUUGCCAAUGGGGAACCACAUCUGUUCGACGAGGAGAUCGAUGACUACUCACGCACCAUAGAAGAGUCGAUGGAGGCGGCCGACUUGAACGAGGCCGAGGACUAUCUGCAGUGCAGCAUGCACUAUCGGCCCUUGCCCGGCAAUAGGUUUAACGUCAGUCAGGAUCGUCGUCGCGCGACUGUGCCCCAGCCACAGUCGCCCGCCUACCAACGAGAUACGCUACGCGCGAACAUCCAACAGCCCUACGAUUCUGAUACCGAUGACGACGAAUACAUGGAGCAGGAAUAAGAAGACACAAAAGAGCCAAUCCACACGAAUCAAAAGACUCAUUAGACUAAGAUAAGAUUGCAUAUUUUUGAUAUGGGUUUGUACUUUGGUCAAGUUGCCAUGAAGCAGAAUCAACACUCAGGCAGCUCAGGCUGAAUGAAUUUCAUUCUGCAUCGCACCAUCGGCAUGUUUUGCCUGUUUUCGACCCAACACUGGAGAAAGUUCCUUCGUUCGCUGACCGUUUAAUUUUAGUAAAUGCCAAAAAAGAAGUUAAGUCAUAGAGAUAUUCAUGUGCAACGCAUGCAAUCAAUUUCAAAUCGAUCCCAGAACCAAAGUUCCAUUGCACUACCUCAAGUUUGCAGUUCCUUCAAUGACCUACUUAAUAUUAACUGACUUUAUUUGCUAAUUCAGGACACACCACCUCGCUUAAUGACCGAUUUAUUUUAAUUCAAGAACUGACCUCAAGCUGACAGCUAUAUACAAACAGCACAACUAACUAACUAACUGCCCUUGCAAUUUACUUACCACGGCAUGAUUCUCGAAAACUCACUCAAACGCACUUAACAUGAUUUUCUCUUUCUGAACAUUGUUUUAUUGGCUCGAACAUCUGUAAAUUAUUCAUGUACAAAAGAAAUCAUUUAGGAAUAAAUCGAAAAAUAACUUUAA